AGUGAGAAACGCUAUGGGUAAACUACGCCCGGGUAUGCCACCCAUUCUGACCUUAUUGCUUUAUAGUGUGAAGCGGAAGAUUUUAUCUGGAGUCGUCAUCAAUGCAAGGACGCUAUAGACUGCUUAUGCAAUGACUUUCAUUAAACAUGAGAAAAUAAGGAACUACGUCUUCUCCGAAUCCUAUUGGGCACUGGAACUAACCAUGGAACUAACCAAUUGUAAUUACCCUAUAUGCUUUACUUUCGAUUAUUGGUCGAAAAUGUAUUUCAUAUUUCUUGUGAUGCUCACAAACUUGGGUACUUUGAAUGCUGAUGAUGCAAUGAGUAAUGGAAAUCUUCAGUGCUUCAAUGACUAUGACAAAAGUAUGGUUUGUCUUUUAACUACUGAGUCUAACUGUAGUGGAUACAACUUGGAAUUGAUUUUGGAUGAAAAGAAAAUCAGAUUUAAAGAACUUUGUGCUUUUGAAGACAAGGAGAGUUCCAGUGUUGUUUCCAAAUGUAGCUGCUCUAUUAAGAACAUGACCCUAAUUAUUGGGGAGGUUUUUAUAGCAAAUCUUUCACAUUCUGGGAAGCAACUGACUUCUGGAAAAAUCUAUAUCAAAGACAGCAUAAAACCCAAAGCCCCCACCAUCCAAGAAGUGAUCAUAACAGAAAAUAAGAAUAUCUGGGUCAAAUGGAAGACAAACUAUAAGGAUAUACCCUCUAAAAAUUUUAUUGCCGAAAUGAGCUACAGCAAGAAAGGACAAACUGAUGGGUUGUCCCUAAAUAUCUCAUCAACUUCCCAUGAAAUACUUGGCAGUGACUUGGAACCAAACACCGUUUAUGCUCUGAAGAUCAGAACCUAUUCCGACUUUAGUAACCGUUUCAGUGACUGGAGUGAAGACUUAGAAUUUAAUAGUCCUCCAUCAUCUCAAGGAGUGUUCAAUGUUGUUAUUGUUUUAAUUUGCAUUAUUGUUGUGAUCAUCACAACUGCUCUGUUUUGGUGUGUUGUGAGACUCAAAGCCAAGUGGUGGGAUAACAUUCCUAAAUGUUCAAACUCAGUGAUUGGACAUAUGGUUCCAGGAGUACCUAAGGUAUUGGAUGCUCCCAAACUUCUUAUAUCCCCCAUCCAUUUAGAUUCUUCCGAAGUGGACCAAACAGAAGGAAAAUCAUGGACAAAAUCCUUUAUGGAGGAUGGCAGCAGUGGUGGACACCAGCAAGGCAGUUGCUCUGAGCUUGACUCCUCUUCACUGGGUUAUGCUCACGUAGACCCCACCAGUCCGGCCCUUAAUAAUGUGCAGAUAAUCAGUCUUUGUCAAGAGGCCCUGAGACAAGUCUUUCCCAACCUUGAUAAUUCCUAUGGGAAUUCCAAGAAGCCAUUUGUCUUAGACCCUCCGGUAAAUGCUGUCAGUUUAAUGAAGGAUUCUGGAGGCUCGUCUUGCUACAACAACUUGACCUACUCCAGCACAGCAGCCCCCAGCAGCCUCGAGGAGUCAGAACCAAGCAAGACCUUUCCAUUUUCUACUCAGCCGUGCCAUGUUGACAUCUCACACCAUGCUCCACAAAUGUGUCUUGGUACUGGUCAACCAGGCCUCCAUUUGUCUACAAAUGGCACACCUGCUUUGCUAACCGACUUUUCAUAUAAAUUGUCUGACUGCUCCGAUGUUGAUUCCAAGACCACCAGGUCAGCGGAAGACACCUGUCUGACCUUUGGCUCUGACGACAGCAAUGUGUCUGCACCUCUCAGUCGUAUCAGUGUUGUUACUAGAAAUCAGCGCUUCAGUGAGGCGGUCUGCAAGGGUAGUGUGAGAGGGACUGAUGCCACCAUGGACAUGCCACUGCUACCAACAGGCUUACAGGAUGUGGACAGUGGAGAGACGCUGAUUUAUGAUAUGAAUCCAUGCUACCACAGCACUCAGGUCCCUGGAUGUAGCCUUGCCCCAAGUGAUGAUAGUUAUCAGGCUUUACAGAGCCUGGGGCCAAAUAGCCUAGAUCCAGUUAUUGCAGGGCAGAGUGCGGAUCAGGGCAGGCACGUCAACAUGUCUGAGGUCCCCCAUACUUCUGCAGGGAACACUCCUCUACAUUUCCUACCCAACUCCCAGGGAGGACAAUGUCUGACACUUGGAAGUCCUUUUCUCACUGCUUUCUGUACAGACCAAGCCAUGCAAGUACAGUGUGAUAGCUCUUAUCAUUGUCUGUGAUGACUGUCUGUGAUCAUUGUUUGCACUUUUCCAAUUUUACAUCUUGGCGAUUUGAGAUUUCUUCAUAUUAUCAUAGAUCUUUCAAUACCAUACAAAGAGUGAAAACUAUUUAGGCAUGACAAUGUUGCAGUCUAAGCAAUGUUCCACAGUCUGCAUGUACAGUUUCUGUAAAAUAGCAUUUGUGUGAAAACCACAGUUUAUGGUUGAAGAAACACUGAGUGGAUAAACAGACUUAUGCUACCUUUUGCCUUGUCUGUCUGACACAUGUACAGGCACGCUGUUCAUACCUAGAAUGAAAAAAUUGGGUGUGUACUUUAUUUGGAAGUACUGAUGUAUCAACAUGUAGAUUACAUCUAAAGUACACAAGGUUGUCACACCAGUCUCUCUGGCCUUUCAAUGUUCCUCCUUUUCCUACUCUUCUAAUGGCUUCCCAAAAUACUCAGAUAGUUUGAAAGCAUCUGACAUUUGAUUGGCUAAAAAUUAUACGGCACAACCCCCAUGCAAAUAUGGAGGUUGAAUUUCUGAAAACAAAAUAGGCCUACUUCCUCAUUGCUGUUCCUUGGAAGGAUUACAAAACAGCUAUGGUGGAAAUCCACAGCCACCAAGUAGUGCCAUUUUCACCCAAGUUUUAGAUAUGAAGUUAAAGGUUUUGUAGUGUUUGUUACAAUCACUUCAUUUUUGAAAAGUGUUCCUGACUGGUAGUGACACAAUGUUGGUUUGUCAUUAAUUAUGAUGAAGACACAGUGGGGUGUUUCCCAGUGUUUCAUUUCAGUGGGAAAUGUCCCACUGUGUAUUCAUUAAUAAUAAGAUAUAUCGUUGAAAUUAUGGAGGAAUUCUAAACAGUUUUUUAUUACAGUAUUGUUGCUAUUUUAUGACAGGUUGUUUAUGAAAAAAUGCCAAGUAAAGAGACACUAGAGGGAAUUGUGAAAGGCCAUUUAAACAGAGCCGUUCAGUAGGUCUGUUUAACUAUCUUAGAAUGCUUUUACUGAGCAAGCAUGCAGGACAUACUUUAAAUGCUUUGGGCAGGCUAUCCAAGUUAUGGAAAUUACUUUUCACAGGUACCAUUAUUAAGAAUAAUGGCAGCCUAAAGGUUGAUACUUGAAAAUGUGAAUUAGUUUAGUUAUGCUGUCACUUUUCCAUUUAAAAAA